AGCAAAAUCCACUGACUCACCAUCUCUGAUGCCACGACAGUGGUUGUCACUCACUUACGUGCUCACCUAACCUGCGCUGUUGAUAGAAGCUUCCUUGACAAAACACAUUCAAAAGUUAAAAAGCCUACCAAAAUAACAGAAGCAGCUCAUCCGGAGGUCCUGGUUCGAGGAUGUGGACGACCGCUAUAGCACGAUGCACCCUGCCGAGCAUGCGCAAGCGAAGCUCUGUUUUGGCCUGCCAUGCCUUGAGGGCUGAGGGUAGGCCUAGAUGGGCAGUUGCCACAGCUGCCACCUCUCCAUCUCCUUCUCUUCACCUGAUCUGGAGGCAACUCCGUGGGUAUGGGUCCCAGGCACCCACCCCGCUCCCCUCCACUGCUCUGGGGAACAGCCCUGGGGUGAGGCAGGUCCGUGCCCUGGAGCAGGAAAGGCAACUGGAGGUGGAGUGGGAGGACAGCAGGCAAAGCAUGUACCCGUACACAUGGCUGAGGGACAACUGUCAAUGCCCGCUGUGUACCCUGCAGUCAGCCCAGGCCCGCACCCUGCUGCUCUCCCAACUGGACAUCCACACUGGGGUCGACCGGGUCCAAGUCACUGACAACAACAAGGUGUCCAUAGUGUGGCCGGACCAGCACACCAGCGAGUUUGACUCAGAAUGGCUGAGGAAACGGUGCUUCUCUCCUGCUGCCAGACAAGCUCUACAAGAGGAGCUCUUCCUCAACAAGCAUAUGUACUGGGACUCAGAGCUACAGAUCCCCACGGCCAACUUCGAGGAGGUCCUCCACGAUGACAAGGCCGCCCUGGCCUGGCUGCUGGCUCUACGCCGCGUAGGAAUCGUCUACCUGAAGGGGGCGCCGGUGGAGCAGGGUCAAGUGGCCCGCCUCAGCCAGAGGAUCGGUUACCUAAGACUGACGUUCUAUGGGCACACAUGGCAGGUGCAGGACAAAUCCCAGGCUAACAACGUGGCCUACACAGCUGGCAAACUCAGUCUCCACACUGACUAUCCAGCACUGCACUAUCCACCUGGAGUGCAGUUCCUGCAUUGCCUGAGCCAGGCUGGUGAGGGUGGGGAGAGUGAAGCGGUGGACGGCUUCCACAUGGCAGAAAAACUGAGAAGAGAAGACCCAGAGGCUUUCAGGACCCUCACCUCCCUGCAGGUGGACUUCACCGACACAGGGUCCGACUACUGUGACUUCAUGGUGCAGUCCAAGAACCACAUCAUAGAUGUUGACAGUAAUGGGCGGGUGGUACGGAUCAACUACAACAAUGCCACCAGGGACUCUGUGCUGGACCUCCCCCUGCACCAGGUCCAGGCCUUCUACAGCUCCCUCAAGGCCUACAUCCAGCUGAUGACACAACCAGAAAACAUGCUCACCUACAAGAUGGAGCCUGGCGACCUGGUCACCUUUGACAACUGGCGCCUGCUCCAUGGGCGGAAGAGCUAUCUGAGCCACCCAGACCAGGUGAGACACCUGGAGGGAGCCUACCUGGACUGGGACGAAGUCAUGUCUCGCCUGCGAAUACUCUGCAAGUCUGUCAACGGAGAGAGCUAGACCCACCAAGCACACAGAGUGAAGCCUCCUCCAACUAUAUAGAACAGCAUCGAUCUACAGCAGGGCUCUCCAACCCUGUUCUGGGAGAGUUACUGUACUGUAGGUUUUCACUCCAACCCUAAUCUAGUGCACCUGAUUCUAAUCAUUAGUUGGGGUUGGAAUUAAAACCUACAGGAGGGUAUCUCUCCAGGAACAGGGUUGGAGAGUCCUGAUCUACAGGAUUUCUGAGCGUGGAAAAGAGGCUAAUAUUCUAGUAGGCUACGGCUACCCCUGUGUGGGUCAAGAUGGCUGCCAGUCUUUUGAACAGAGUGACAAGUGGGCAAAGUGCAAGAAGAUGGGGAAAAAUUUGAGGGAAAAGGGUUUAGCACUUCCGUAAAUGAUAAACACUCCUCUUCAUAAGUGCUAACAGAGGCAUAGAAACUGUAUAUGUAGCAUACUUAUGAAAAAUCUGUAAUUUACUGUAUGAAGCAGGUAGACUAUAAUGCCUUUGCUCCUAGGGUCACUUUGCUCUAAUCUAUUUUUCUAUUGGCCUGUGUUCUGCUGGUCAAAAUUUGGUAGCACUUUACUACAUCUACUUCUCAAUGUCAUAAGUUUGUGACAUGUUCUACCUCUGUCACAAUAUAAUAUUGUAACCUUAUCUAACCUUAAGAAAAAAGUGCAUAGCAAUAGUAUUAGCCCCCCAAAUCAAUACGUUUUUAAUAACUCUCUGUACGUAAAAUGUAUGCACAUGCAAAGUUUGGAUAAAAGCAUCUGCUAAGGGAUUAAUCAAAAUGUACAGAAUGGUUGGUUACCUGGAGGAAAUUGAGGGAGGGUCAUGCUUUUUCAAUUUCAGUCAAGGGGAGGGUUUAGUAUUUUUUUUUUGUAAUCUAGUCCAGGAGAGGGUCAUGUAAUUGAUAAAAUGUCAAUAUUUAUCAAUGUUUUAGAAUUAGUUGCUUAUUAGGCAAGAUAUCGAUAUGUGCCUGAUGCCGCUCCUCAUCUCUGAUUCUCCGCUGGAUGCGGAAUACCAAGUGGCAUAUAGACUAUUAAGUGUGGUCUCAAUCAAAUGAUCCAUAACCUAUAGGCUACGAAGUGCAUGCUCAGAGAAGCACAGAGCAAAGUGGUAUUUUUAAGAUGGCUGCUGAUGAUGUAAAUACAACUAGGCUCCAUUACACACUGCAAUGGAUAUUCCAAACCGGAGCUCCUGCCUGCUCUGCUCUUGCUGAUCAAAAACGUUUUUUUUGUGUGCUGCCUAACCAAUGGCUGUGCUGUGUAGGUCUACAGUGGCAGUUCAGGAGAGUCAAAGGCUUCUACAAAUGUUUUUUUAUUUAUUAGGCCUAGUUCAAAAAAUCUUGCUCAUGGACUAGCCUAUGUUCUGUUCAGUUUGAGGAGAGCGCGACGAUGAGGAGGACCCGAGGUCAGCUUUGAUAGCUUGCUACUAAUAUAAUUGAUUUAAUUAAAAACAAUGGUUUCUUGACCAUGUAUGUAUUUAUCAGAGUUAUUGACCUCACAAGAAUCCAGAUUCAUGGAGGUGGGCUAUUUAAAGAGUGGGUAGAAACAUGACAGCUGGAUGGACAGCUCAUGUUGCUUAAAGUAGGCAUAAUUAACUUCAGUAGUCUUCAUUUGAAUGAGACUUUGCUAACAACAAGAAGGUUGUGUUGGAACCCGAUUUCUUCCUGUUUAAGAAAUAAGAGGUGGACCUACCUGUUUGACAGAUGAAAUUAGGUUAUAGAAUGCUAUAGCCAUAGAUGUGUCGCUCAAUUCCUCUACCCACUCUUUAAAUAGCCCACCUCCAUGUCACUGAAGGGCUGUUAAGUUACAAUCAAGACUCGAAUUGUGGGGGUACGAAAGGGGAUGCCAUUGGCCUACGUUUUAUUAAAGAAAAUGGCAAAAAGCACAGACCUACCUCUAGUUCGCUUAAAUAUGGAAGAAAAUAAAACUGGUCCGAUUAUAUAAAGUGAUCGAAAGCAGCGCCUUGACCUGCGAUGUUUUAUGCUAGAAACAAGCAUAAAGCAAGGUGUAAAAUACCCGGGAAAGACAUUACUUAAUGCAUAUGGGAAUACCAUUGUUUCAUUUCUUUGACAUUCAGAGGCUGAGAUUAAACCUUCUCAAAUUCAAAUUCCGUCACUAUAAAUUGAUUACGCUAUUCACUUUCUGUUGGCUAAAAAUAUGUUUAAACCUAGACAGCUUGUAGGGAAACACUUUUGGAAGUACCAUGUUUAAAUUCCUAAUGACGUCUCAGAUUGAAUUACUUGCAAACAAGACACUGAUUUGGCAUUGGAUAAAUAUAGGAUGUACUCUCUGUCAAUGUUUACAAUGUUGAAUAUUGAUAUGUGAAAUGACGUAGAAUUGAAUGACAUUUUUAUUAGACUUUUUAAAAACCUGCAAAUAUGAAUUUCGAUUAAUGCAAUGCUUUUAAUAUAAAGGAGAUAUUUAUACCCCUAGGUUACUCUUGUCCGUGGUGGAAAAUUCCGGCGUUGCCAUGUAAUGCAGUUUCUAAAACUAAGGUUCAUGGACAAUAUAUUUUGCUGAAGGAAGGGCCCUCCAUUUUCAUUUCAAAGGUGCUUGAUUUUCUCCAUGUAACCCGUAUUGUAAUUAACGUUCACUCCCUAAAUGGCAUAUAUUAUUUACAUUGUUUUGUCAAUGAAUAGAUCUGCCAUUUGUCUUCAAUGGAGGACAACUUGUCCUCUACAGUACAUGUGCAUGUUGAAAGCCACAAAUAUUGUGCAACUUGGCAUUGUUCCAGUAGCAACAAAUAUUUGUUAUUGUUCUUUACAAUCAUAGGUGUCAAUUGUCUAUUCUAUAUUACAUAUAUAGUUCAUGCUAACAGCGCUCAUUGUAAUAAUUUGUGAUGUGUUAAUUUAAAAAAAAAGGGUGUUGCAUUAAAUCUUCACAAAUGUUACUCUAGAUUUCAUUCUUGAUAUGUUUUCCAAAUAUAUGUAUGCACAUUGGAUGUGCUACAUCAUUUGUGUUCAUCCAAACUGUGACAUAAUAAUGACUUGAGACAAAAUGGAGGGCUUUAGUUUUGACAACUUUUAUUUUGAUAUUGCCAAAGCUGUACAUGUUCUAUAAAUACUUUUUUUCACACCCAUUUCAAUUAUUCCAUCACUUUCACCACAGCAGCAGGCUAGCUACCACAAUAAUAGGGUUGGUUGGUUUCAAAUACUCCCAUUUCUUAAGGUUCUCAUAUGUAACUAGUCUAAGAAACUAUACCUAGUCUUCAAACUGUUUUGAGACCCUCAUAUUUACACCAGUGUUUUUAUUGUCAAUAAUGAAAUGCCUUAAAUAAUUUGUAACUAUGUUCCUUACACAAGCAUUUCCCCUCUAAAAAAUAAAAGCCACUUAAACAUUAAAAACAAUAUCCUGAUCACAUAGCUGUAUUAUUCAUAUAUUGCUGAUCUGGCAAAACAAUACACU